AUGUCUUCUCCCAAUGUCACGGAGUCUCACCCUUCUUCACUCCUGCUGCUGGGGAUUCCAGGGCUGGAAGUUGCACAAAUCUGGCUUGGCUUUCCUUUCUGUGUAGUGUAUCUCAUUGCUCUUCUUGGAAAUGUCAUCAUUCUCUUUGUUGUCUGGACUGAUCAUAGCCUUCACCAACCCAUGUUCUAUUUUCUGGCCAUGCUGUCAGUGAUUAUCCUGAGUCUCUCCACUGCUACCAUCCCCAAGAUGCUGGGUAUCUUCUGGUUCAGCCUCCAGGAGCUGUGUUUUGGGUGCUGUGCUGCUCAAGUCUUUUUUAUCCACUUUUUUACAGUCAUGGACAGCAUUGUACUUCUUGUUAUGGGCUUUGAUCGUUAUGUGGCUAUUUGUAACCCCCUCAGAUAUAGCAUGAUCCUCACCAACAGAGUCACUGGUGUGGUUGCUGUGAUAGUAGUUCUCAGAAGCUUAUGUAUGAUUGUUCUUAGCAUUUUCCUCCUCCUGAGGCUACCUUACUGUGGACAUAGAAUCAUCCCUCAUACCUAUUGUGAGCACAUGGGAGUGGCACUACUGGCUUGUGCCAGCAUUAGUGCCAAUGUCUACUAUGGUCUUGGGAAUAUUUCUAUUUUGUUUCUAGAUGUGCUUCUUAUCUUUAUCUCCUAUGCUAGGAUCUUAUAUACUGUCUUCCACCUUCCUUCCCAAGAUGCCCGCUUGAAGGCGCUAAAUACCUGUAGCUCCCAUAUCUGUGAUUUAGCCUUCUUUGGUCCAGCUCUCUUCUCCUUCCUCACUCAUCGCUUUGGUCAUGGCAUUCCCCAGUAUGUCCACAUCCUUCUAGCUAAUCUCUAUGUAGUCAUCCCCCCUGCCCUCAACCCAGUCAUUUAUGGGAUCAGGACCAAGCAGAUCCAGGAGCGGGUACAGUCUUUUUGUUAA